UAAAAUCUUUUUUUCACGAAAUCAGCAGAAAAUACAAAAUACAAUAUUUCUUAACAUACAUUGCAUAGUUGCUUUCCAGCUUCUAGAUGUUCAAUUACGUACUCUUAUAUCUUAGGAAGCACAUUGACCAACUUAUUGCGUAGCCAUACAAAAAUUGAUUUAAUGAAGUGGGUUGAAAUUUUCAGUUCAAACUUUUCUUCUUUGCUUAUUUUUCUCAGUCACACUGUUGCAAUUCCAAUUUGCCACCCUCUUAUACCCCCCAUCAAUCGACUAACAUAAUUCCAUUUGUUUCAGUGCAUAAGGGCGAAAGUAAUGACCGACCGAAGGGGACUUAAUAGUUAAUAUCCCAAAGCUGAGCAAUCAUUCAUCCCUCUUCAAAAUAUCUUUCCACUCAUAUGCAUGUGACAAAACUCAAAUAAUGGGUGGUCGAGUCAUGUCGUAUAGUUUAAAAGUACGAGGGUUGGGAGCUUCCAUUAACCCACCACCACCCACUACAUGCAAUUUGUUUGUUUGAAAGAUGUUGCCAUUUUAUCGCAUGCGCUCUCAUAAAAUUUGAUUGACGGAUUCUACCCCUGCUGUUGGUCCCCAAAAACAUCAUGCCAAAAUGAUGCACUCUGAAACUCCAAACAUCGUAAUUUAUUUUUCAGUUCAACUUACUUCCUUGGAAAAGACGAUUAUCUUUUCCUGCCAGAAACAAAUUGUCACGAGAAUCCUAUUUAUAUUUUGUUUAGUUUUUAUCUUUCUUCCUUUGAACUACCCCUUGGUUUCUUAAAUCUAUAUCAUUUGAUUGUUUAUGUGAUUUUUCUGUAAAUUCUUUAUAAAAAUUCUUGAGACAUUUUUUCACGUUUCCUGGUGCUUUUGUCAAUAAGGCGGUGUGGCUUGGAUUAUAAAUUAUUAUAAACAAUGGCUGAAGAGGGUGGUAAACCGGAAGAAGCAGGCGAAAAGAAAAUCGUUCAUGUGUAUCCGCUAGUCAAGCACACAGACAUGGUUGAGGAAAUGAGAAAUGAAACUAUUGAGUUGACCAUAACUGCCUGCGAGAAAUAUGCUUCCAACUAUGAGACUGCAGCUAAAGUUAUAAAGGAGACGAUGGACAAAAAAUUUGGAACGUAUUGGCAUGUUGUUGUUGGAGAAGGAUUCGGUUUUGAAGUGUCCUUCGAGACGAAAAAUAUUUUGUAUUUAUUUUUCGGUGGCAAUUUGGCUAUCGUUGUUUGGAAGUGUUCAUAAAGGAGGAUGGGCAAUUUUCUUUUCUAAAUUCUUGGACUGUCUUUUAGGGUACCUCUUUUAAAUCGACCAAUUACAAAAACAAUAAAAAUAAAAUAACUUAAUAUACACAAAGCAUGAUAUCGCAUGGAUUCGCAAAUACCUAAUAAAGUACAUAAUCUUAUAAUAGAUGAGUGUGAUGGCAACGAAAUUGACAUAGUUUUCUCAGGGACGGAGAUGAAUGUUUGGUCGAUAAAUACAUUACUUACAUUAGAUCGCAAGGUUUAUUUGUGUUCUUGUGAAAUCUAAUCAAUAGUUAAAGAAUCCAUUUGAUUUGCAUUGUAUAAUAUUAUGGAGAAGUAUUGUAUAUAUUUGUACUGAAUAAAAUAUAGUAUUUUUGUAUAGAAAAUAAUAUUAAUUAAUACCAACAACUAAAA